GCAGUAGUGGAGUAGGUACCAUUAGCAGAGGAUUGCAAAUUUGCAAUUGCAAUGCAAAGCCCGACGAUCGAACAAGCUUGCUCUGACGGCGCCAUGCGGCGGCGCUCCUCUGUCCUCCAUGCCGUUCUCCUCCUCCUCCUCGUCGCGGCGGUCGCGCUCCCGCUCGCCGCCGCCCAGCCAUGGCCUGUCUGCGGCACCAGCGGCGGCAACUACACGGCGGGGAGCACCUACGAGUCCAACCUCCUGCGCCUCGCGAGCACCCUCCGCGCGAACGCCUCCGCCUCCCCCACCCUCUUCGCCUCCGGCGUCCGCGGCGCCGGCCCGGACGCCGUCUACGGCCUCCUGCUCUGCCGCGGCGACAUGAACCCCUCCGACUGCUUCGACUGCGGCACCAGGGUCGGCGACGACGUCGCCCAGGCCUGCAACCGCACCAAGGACGCCAUCCUCGUCUACAACCAGUGCUACGCCCAGUUCUCGGACACCGGCGACUUCCUCGCCGCCACCAACAACUCCGGCGCGUACAGCCUCCUCAUAAGCGGCACCAACAUCAGCAGCGCCGACGUCGCCGGCUACGACCGCGCGGUCACCGAGCUCCUCAACGCCACCGUGCGGUACGCGGUGGAGAACUCCACGAGGCUGUUCGCCACGGGCCAGCGGGUGGGCGCCGACCCGGGGUUCCGUAACAUCUACUCCAUGGCGCAGUGCUCGCCGGACCUGUCGCCGGCGCAGUGCCGGAGCUGCCUCGACGGCCUCGUGGGCCAGUGGUGGACGGGGUUCUUGUUCCCGCGGAACGGCGAGGGCGCGAGGGUCGCCGGCCCCCGGUGCUACCUGAGGUCCGAGCUCGGCUCCGGGUUCUACACCGGAGCUCCGAUGGUUCUGCUGCGAGCCGACGGGCUCUCACCGGCGUCGGCGCCGGCGCCGGAUGUUGUUCCGGCCACUACGUUAGUUAAGAAGAAUUCAGCAAGCAAAAUUCUGCUAAUUGUCUUGCCGAUAGUAGCAGUUGCAAUCGUAGCUGCAAUUUCUGUCUGCAUGUGGACUGUUCGGAAGAAGAGCAGAGCGACAAAAGCAGAGCAUUUGUCCGAACUUGAUGCAUCUGAGGACCUUGAAAGUGUCAAGUCAACCUUGCUAACUCUGGGAUCACUGCAAGUAGCAACGGAUAACUUCGACGAAAGCAAGAAACUCGGCGAAGGAGGAUUUGGUGCAGUGUAUAAGGGGCAUCUUUUUGGACAAGAAGUAGCAGUGAAAAGGAUGGCAAAAGGUUCAAAUCAGGGGCUAGAAGAGCUGAAAAAUGAGCUAGUUCUUGUCACCAAACUUCAUCACAAAAAUCUUGUUCGUCUUGUGGGUUUUUGCCUGGAAGAUGGAGAGAGGUUGCUUGUCUAUGAGUAUAUGCCCAAUAAAAGUCUCGACACAUUUCUUUUCGACGUGGAGCAACGAAGACAACUAGAUUGGGCAACACGAUUUAGGAUCAUAGAAGGCGUCGCUCGUGGAUUGCAGUAUCUUCAUCAAGACUCCCAGAAGAAGAUUGUUCACCGCGACAUGAAGGCAAGCAACGUCUUGCUAGAUGCAGACUUGAACCCCAAGAUUGGGGACUUUGGCCUUGCUAGGCUCUUCGGGCAAGACCAAACUCGGGACGUCACGAACCGUAUCGUUGGGACAUUUGGAUACAUGGCUCCUGAGUAUGUGAUUCGCGGGCAAUACUCUACGAAAUCAGACGUGUUUAGUUUUGGCAUUCUCAUCUUAGAGAUUGUGACAGGGCAAAGAAACAGUGGGCCCUAUUUUGCAGAGCAAAACGAAGAUUUAGUAAGCCUAGUAUGGAGGCACUGGACAGAGGGAAAUAUUGUAGAGAUGGUAGACUAUUCCUUGGACAGAAACUACCCUGAAGCCGAGGUGCUGAAAUGUGUCAACAUCGGCCUCCUGUGUGUCCAGCAGAACCCAGUAGAUCGACCUACAAUGGCGGAUGUCAUGAUUUUGCUGUUAAUUUAUAGUCAUGAUUAGUUAUAAACAAGGUGACACCAAUGAGGUAAAUCAAGAAACUGUUGCCAAAUUUCACCGUUAACAGAAACUCAUGAGGUCAAACCCGUCUAUUCAAAAGCUAUUAUUAGGCCUUGUUAAAUGGGCUUCAAUCCAGCUCACCAACAUUUGUAGGCCGGUAAUUUGAACUAAAGUUCAAUGCAUGCACCAGAAUCUGUCAAGAUUAUGACCCAUCCAAUAGAGGUUUAACAUGAUGGAUUGAGAAAUUA